AGUAGCGCCACAGCGCCAGGUAGCGGACGGAGGGCCAGUCAGCCGGCGACCGCACUACCCGCAACACACACCGGCACGGGAGCGAGACGGGAGGGGUGGAGAGGUGGACAACGGUGGACAGUGGACGGUGGAGAGGAAGACUGCAAACAGCAUACAAGAGACAGUGAACCGUGGACAGUAGGCAGAAAGGGAACAGUGGACGUUGGUCUGUUGACAGCGAAGAGUGGGGAAACGAGAAAUAGAAAACAGUAGACAACAAACGAUUGACAGACGAGAGUGGAGCGAGAACAUUGACGUAACAUAGCAUCAGGGCUGUCGACGAUGGUUUCCAGGGUAUAACUAGCGUCCAAAAGGAGCUAAGACGGUUCCAGUCAGUGUGUGUGACCUGUGCUUGGGUCACGUGACUCGUGACCUCUGACGCGACCUGACGUCAGGCUCGGAGCUGAGGUGACCGAGGUGAAGACAAAACGUGAGGUGCGAACUGUGGUGAGAACAGGGAGUGAGCUGUUCACAUCGGUGAGAAGUCUGCACGUGUGGAAGAAUCGAACGAGCCGCUAGCUGCGGCUUGUGAUAAGACACCGUCUCAACGAGUCUGCGAUCAGCGAUGAUAAUGCUUGGAGAGGCGUUACUUCUGACGGUGUGUGCCCUGGCGGCCUCUGUCGGUGCUGUCGAAAUGACACCACCCGAUGGGUACUACCUGUUCGACACAGCUCCCUUCAAGACACCGCCCAAAGUGCGAAAACCACCGUACGCGCAAACGUCCAAACCGUGUCCAGGCCUGGACUCGCCAAAGGAGGACAUGCGCCUCUCGGAGACGCUGUGCGGAGACCUUCAGACAGGAAAACUGCCCAAGAACCCCAUCCAGCCUGAGGGAUUCGACGGACAUGCCUACCCUUUCGAGCUAAUCAAGAACAAAUCGUUGGAGUUUUUCGGCUCGACUCUUCCCAUUCUGAAGAAGGACCCGACACUGCCCAAAGUGGCACGGUUCCAGAAGCCGAGCAAAAUCAAACACCACGCGCAAUCAAACGGUCUGUUUGCUAAGCGCGGCCGCGGUCGGCGCUCGGCUGAAGGUCAAGGUCAAGGUCAAGGUCAGCCGAAGGCGGACGCUGGAGACGAGGAGCCGGCGAGGAACAGCCGCGGAUUCUGCGACACCAACUGGGGCGUAUUCUGCACCCUGUUCAGGGGCUGGUCGGGCGGCGGCGGCGGCGGCGGGGACUCUGACGAAGAGGUCAGCCAGAGGUCAUCCCCUGACCUGACCUCGGGAGACGCGCCGCUGACCCCGUGUCCUUCGGUGGUCGACUACGUGACGCCGGUGUUCGCUCGGAACUACGAGGGGAUUUGGCGUUACGUGGUGCAGAUUCCUCACGAAGGGUACUUCACUCAGACCAUUGAGGUCACCAGCUGCGUGUCAAGUCGUUGCCACCUUCUCGAAGGCUCAUGUCUCUCCUCUCCGCGGUGGAUCUCUCUACUAGUCGCCGAACUAUUCUACCCACACCAGACCUUCCCCCUGGCGGCGCCUGUGACGCCGCCGCGGGCGCCUGUGAGCGGUCAGCAACCGCCCGCCCCCGCCCCCGCCCCAGCCCAGCUACAGGAGCGGGCAGGGCGGCCGGCGGAGCACUGCGACGGGACAGAUCAGCUGGGCUGCUAUCAGGUUCGUCUCUACUACGACUGGUUCCUGGUGCCGGGCAGCUGCAAAUGCUGGAAAAACGACGUGUUCGCCCAGUACCGCGCGGCAAAACGGACCCCAAAGUCCGCCGGCCACUGAGAGGGAUCCAAGAAGGCGCCGAGAGGGGACCAAGAAGGCGCCGAUAGCCUGAAGAAGACACCGAGAGGGUACUAGGGAUUUGCUGAGAGAUGACCGGGAAAUCACUGAGAGUAAUUUUCGUGACACUGUAUUGCAAGGUUAUGAGAGAGUGCUAAAACGCUCUUUGUGAACGCCGAGAGCGCUGAAAUGACUCUGAGAGGGUGCUUAGAGGUCUUAAGGGAUAUCAAAGAAGGCAAUCGAUCACCAAGAUGUGCGUACAUUUUUCCGGCGGUGUGACUGAACAACGGCAGCUUACUAGCAGCGUAGUUAUACGAUGCAAAGUAAACAAAAUAUGAAGCCAGAGGUAUGCUAUAUUUGUUAUAGUUUAGAUGUGUGAUUGCGCUUAUUGUCAGGUCGGCAUCUUUUCGAGUGCUAGAACGAAAUUUCCGACAUCAUUUGGCAUCAUUCAUGUUUCAAAUUGAAAUUACUCAAGACGAAUAAAUGAUAAGCGUUUCGUGAUACCUAGCCCAAUAGUUGUUAGGCUCUCAUAUGUGUAUGGUGUAAGUUAAGCUUCUGGUCAAGCGCCUUCUUGGGCUUGGCACAUAUUUAUUUGUAGCAUCAUUCAACCAACCAAACAAGUUUGUCCAGCAUUGAUACAGAGUUCAUUCAUGUUUAGUUUUCUUUGCCAGGAUAUAUUCCUCUCCGAGAAUGAUCGCAAAUGUGCUUAGCUCAGCCAUGGAUGAUAUCGGAGACUCCACCGAAAUAGAACCGGUUGUUUUGUUACGUGAAUGUGUGAUGCAGUGGUAGAAUAGUUUGUUUACUGUGGAUAUUCCGUCCCGUAGAAAAGUAUGUACUAUGUACCGCUAAGUAACUCUGUAAUAAAUUGAGUUAAUGUUG